AGAAAUGGGCCUACGAAGAAACCUUCGUCCACUUCUAUCGCAUCGCCCGAGGUCAUUAUCGUGAUGCAAUCGGGCCCAAAUUGGUCCCGCGAGUUCAAAUUCUCUAUCUCCAUUUCCCCCAUUUCAAUCGCUUCAGUACUACUCGCCCAAAAUUCCAAUAAAAAAAUGGAAUCAAUGAUGCGAAGCUCGUGGAAUCUUGGCUUAUUUCCUUUGGUGGAAAUGUAAUGGGUUUGACUGGCGUUGGCAGGCUUGGCUUUAGCUGCUGAUUUUUAUGGUUUUCUUCUUCCAAUUUAUCACUACCCUUCAGAUGUUUGCCUUUCUUUGAAUCGAAAUUUUGGUGCUUGUGUAAGCUUUUAUCACUUGGGAGUUCAAGAGUCACUCAUUCAGUCCUCUUCAAGUAGGUUUCUUUGGGUAUAUCUGAGUUUGUUUUUGCCAAUUUAAGUGUUCUGGGAAGAUUUGGGAGUCUUCGAUCUUUUUCCCCAGAAUUCAUGUUUUACGCUCCAUGUGUGGUUUCUUUCUGAUUACUUGAUAUAUUAAUAGGUAUAUUAUUCCUUCAGAAUUCCCUCGUCCUAGAACCAGUUGAAUUUCUUCACUUCAAGCCUUAUCUCUUAAGAACCCUUAUUUUCUGCUAAAAGUUGAGCGAGUUUUUUUGUUUCCCCUUCACAAGAACUGGUUAUUAUCUUUCUUUGUAAGUUAUGCUUCCAGACUUUCAUCCUUGAAUGUAUUUGAUUCUGAUAGCUUCCUGUCUUCGUAGCCUUAUUUUCUAUGUCACUGGCCUGUUGCCUUCCCGUUGCUGAAGGUGUAUACUGUUUAGCAUGUGCUCGAUGGAUGUGGUUGAAGUUUCUCUAUAAUGCUGGCCAUGAAAGUGAGAACUGGAGCCUAUCGACGACCGAGGAAUUUGAACCUAUUCCUCGCUAUUGUCGAUUAAUUCUAUCUGUCUAUGAAGAUGAUCUCCGGAACCCACUCUGGGCUCCUCCAGGUGGUUAUGGAAUUAAUCCUGAUUGGUUAGUACUAAAAAAGGAUUAUGAAGAGACUCUAGGUCGAGUUUCCCCAUAUAUGAUUUACCUUGAUCAUGAUCAUGCUGAUGUAGUCCUGGGAGUCAGAGGACUUAAUUUGGCAAAAGAAAGUGAUUAUGCAGUUUUGCUAGAUAACAAACUUGGGCAGACAAAGUUUUGUGGUGGGUAUGUACACAAUGGUCUUUUGAAGGCGGCUAUAUGGAUUUUUGAUGCAGAGUGUGACGUUUUAAGGGAAUUGGUUGAAAAGAAUCCAGGUUAUACCUUGACAUUUAUUGGGCAUUCCCUAGGGGCUGGAGUGGUGGCAUUAUUGACCAUAAUUGCUCUGCAGAAACAGGAUAGAUUGGGGAACAUUCAGAGGAAGAGGAUCAGAUGCUUUGCUAUUGCUCCUCCUCGGUGUAUGUCACUAAAUUUGGCAGUGAGAUAUGCAGACGUUAUCAACUCUGUAGUACUCCAGGAUGAUUUCUUACCUCGAACAACAACAGCUUUGGAAGAUGUAUUCAAGUCAAUUGUCUGCCUGCCAUGUUUGUUAUGCCUGAUGUGCUUGAAGGAUACAUGCACUAUGGAGGAGAAAAUGCUUAAAGAUCCAAGACGGCUUUAUGCUCCAGGUCGUCUCUAUCACAUUGUUGAGCGAAAGCCCUUUAGGUUAGGAAGAUUUCCUCCAGUUGUGAAGACAGCAGUGCCUGUAGAUAAGAGGUUUGAGCAUUUAGUCCUUUCUUGCAAUGCUACUGCAGACCAUGCCAUCAUCUGGAUAGAGAGAGAAUCUCAGAAGGCCCUUGAUAUCAUGAUGGAGAAUGAUAAAGCCAUGGAGAUCCCUGUGCAGCAGCGGAUGGAACGCCAGGCUUCGAUACAGCGAGAACACGGUGAAGAGUACAAGGCAGCCCUCGAGCGCGCUGCUGCAUUGGAAAUCCCCGACGAGAACUUACCACUCUCAUACGGAACGUUCAGUGAAUUAGAAGAAGGUGAGAAUUCUAGCCAAUCGAUAAGAGAUUCAUUGGUAGCAUCAUCCGCGAAACAAAGGGAAAGUUGGGAUGAAUUCAUAAAUCGUUUUUUUGACGAGGAUCAGUCUGGUCAAAUGGUGUUGAAGAAAUCAUAAGCCUUUGUGAAUUUCUCAGGAGGAAAUAGCAACUGCAAGAAGCAUUGGUUUAAGUUUUUAACUGUACAAAGAACAGAGAGAUUUAGUUUUUUUUUCUUUUUGCCCCUUCAUUUUGUUGCUUUGCUUCAUCUGGUAAGCAUAAGCCAUAGCCUAGAAAAUGACCUUGGGGUUGAAUUGGUUUUUAUUUUAUUACUAUCAUUUAUUUAUUUAUUUUAUAAGAUAUAGUGAAUAAGAUUUUACAUUCAUAAAUAUAAAAUUUUGAGA